GCACUUUGUUCAGUACCUUCAGUUUUACUUUUAGUGCUGCAUUAAACUUACCUACUGUGGUUUGUUCAUUAUAAAGUGUUGUUGUUGUUGUUGUUUUUACAGUGAUUACAGGAAAUCUUCCCAUGAUGCUGUCCUUGGCCACAGUUGGUCAAGCAGGAGCCCGAAGAGUUUUGACACAAACCUGGGUGAAAUUCAUAAAGGAUGGCAGGUGCUUUACUGCUUCAGCUUUUCAUCGUUACUCCUCUACAUCGCCUUCAGCCAAUCAGAAAACACCGUCCUACAGCUAUGUAAUUAUUGGGGCGGGGUCAGCAGGCUGCGUUCUGGCCAAUCGCCUCUCAGAAGAUGCACAUGAGUCUGUGUUGCUUCUGGAAGCCGGACCGAAGGACAAAUUGCUCGGAAGCUCACGACUCUCAUGGAAGAUCCACAUGCCAGCUGCCCUGACCUACAACCUCUGUGAUGACAAAUAUAACUGGUUCUACCACACUUUACCUCAGGCCAACAUGGACAACAGGGUGCUGUACUGGCCAAGGGGCCGUGUUUGGGGAGGGUCCUCCUCACUUAACGCCAUGGUUUACAUUCGCGGACAUGCUGAAGACUAUAACCGCUGGCAGAGGGAGGGCGCAGAGGGCUGGGACUACAAGCACUGUCUGCCUUACUUCAGGAAAGCUCAGUGUCAUGAACUGGGCCAAAAUAUGUACAGGGGUGGCGAUGGACCUCUUCAUGUGUCCAGGGGAAAGACAAACCACCCUCUUCACAAGGCUUUUAUUGAGGCAGGGCAGCAGGCAGGAUACCCCUUCACUGACGACAUGAACGGCUACCAGCAGGAAGGUGUUGGCUGGAUGGACAUGACGGUCUAUAAAGGGAAGAGGUGGAGCACGGCCAGCGCCUAUCUAAGACCUGCACUGGGUCGACCCAAUCUAAAGGCAGAGGUGCGCUGCUUGACCACCAAGAUCCUGUUUGAUGGCAGGCGAGCUGUGGGGGUGGAGUACAUGCAGAACGGACAGAAGAAGAGAGUGUUUGCAGAUAAAGAAGUCAUAUUAAGUGGAGGAGCCAUAAAUUCGCCUCAGCUUCUCAUGCUUUCUGGAGUUGGAAAUGCAGAUGACCUGAAAGAUCUUGGCAUUCCAGUCGUUCAGCAUUUACCAGGUGUUGGUAGUAACCUGCAGGAUCACCUGGAGCUUUAUGUCCAGCAGCAGUGCACUCAGCCCAUCACCUUGUACAAGGCCCAGAAACCUUUCCAUAUGAUAAAGAUAGGCCUUGAGUGGCUCUCCCUGUUCACAGGUUACGGAGCUACAUCCCACUUGGAGAGCGGAGGGUUCAUUCGAAGUCGGCCAAAGGUCGCACACCCGGACAUCCAGUUUCAUUUCCUGCCCUCGCAAGUCAUUGACCACGGACGGGUUCCAUCAGAAAUUGAGGCUUAUCAGGUUCACGUUGGACCAAUGAGAAGCACGAGUAUCGGAUGGAUGAAGCUGAAAAGCACCAGCCCUCUGGAUCACCCGAUUCUUCAGCCCAACUAUCUCUCCACGGAAAUCGAUGUGUGGGAAUUCAGGCAGUGUGUCAAACUGUCCAGAGAGAUUUUUGCCCAAAAGGCUUUUGACCCAUUUCGUGGUCCCGAAUUCCAGCCGGGUCCUCAGGUCCAAUCCGAUGCCGAAAUCGACGCUUUCGUGCGCCAAAAGGCUGACAGCGCCUACCACCCGUCCUGCACCUGCAAGAUGGGCUCUCCCUCAGACCCGAUGACGGUCGUGAACUCGAACACACAGGUUCUGGGUCUGGAGCGGCUGCGCGUGGUCGACGCCUCCAUCAUGCCCAGUGUGGUCAGCGGGAACUUGAAUGCGCCGACGAUCAUGAUCGCAGAAAAGACGGCUGAUAAGAUCAGAGGUCGUCCUGCUCUUGUUGAUCCAGAGGUUCCUGUGUACAAACCUCCGACACUUGAGACACAGAGAUGAGCAGAGAGGAGCUCACACAGUUCCACUAAUGUCUCUGUGGGUUAUUUUACUUUACAAUCAAUGAAGCAGACGUGAGUAGCUGAUCAGAGAGAUUAAAAAUUUCUAAUAUUUUUUAUAACGCUAUCCUAAAACAGACAUUCUCCAUGUCCUCAAAUCUAACAUUUAUCCCAUCCACUGGAUGCCAGUUAAACACUAAUUAAAAAUGAACACUUGGAGAGCGCACACCUCUGCCAGGACCCUAGGAUACAGCUGGUCCAAAAUUUACUCAUUUGUUUUUUGUGACAACCUCAACAUUUCCAAGCUGUCAAAAACAUAACAUCCACAGAGGUAAAAAUUUGGUGGCGCUUUUCAAUGCAAGCAGGUCAGGUUUGAUAAAAUGCUUUUUAGCCUAAAUAUACCGAGCAGUUCACAGUCUUAAGGUGUCAUUCCCUCACCCAAAACAUCCCCAGAGUGUUGCUUUGACUCAUUCAUGCACGUGUGAGAAACCCUUGAAUCUCCUGUGGUAGCCACGUGGAGCUGCUUACUGGUACAAAGCUCCGCCCAUUUGUGCCUAACUCCUCCCUGGAGCUCGGUCUGCAGCUGAGCUACCGCUCCAGAGAGUACCCCUACCCCGAAGCAUUGUUGUGAAGAUGUGCUGAAGUUGGAGUGUCAGAAAUAGUAGGAGGUUUUUAAAGAGACAGGCUAUUAUGCAAAGUUAAAUUACUUUUUGUUAUAUACAGCAUUUGCAUAACAACUGAAUGUGACACAGUUACUUGAUUGUGGUGUAAAAUUGAACUCUGUGCCUGGAAAAUACAUAAUACCCCCCAACUAAAAGUACCCUCCGCCAAGACCCAAUCCAGCUGGUCCAAAAUAAAAUAGUUUGUUCUUCAUGACAACCUCAACAUUUCCUAGCUGUCAAAACAUAACCUCCUUUGGGGUAUACAUCUGGUGAUACUUUUUAAUGUAAACAAUUUGUCAAGUUUAAUGAAUUGCUCAUGAGCUUAAAUAUACUGAGCAGUUCAUAGUCUUAACUACACCUGACUUUUAGGCUGUAGCUGUUUCUAAACCUAUGAUUAACCUAAUGAUGUAAUAAAAAUGUUGUUUGUACCAUUUAAACUAAUAUGGUUCAGAAAACAUUUUACCCAUGAUUUCUGUCCAGGUUCUGAUUUUGCAUUUACAGUAUUAUCAGCACACGUAUGUGAUUAAAUGUGAUUUCCACCUGCUGUCGGCCACAAGCCAAAAUGCUGUGCAGACAUUUUUAUCUGAUAAUCAGCAGCCUGCAGUUUUUACCCACAUGCUCUCGGCAGCACCGUGCAGUUCCGUUCAGGUCAGAUGUGAUCAAAGAAACAUUUAUCUUCCUUGCUGAAAACUGCAGCUUCAACAUUUCCAGUGAUUUAUUGUCUUGAAGUCGUUGCUCCGAUUUCAUAUCAGCAGGAAGGAGGUUGUGUUCGGGUGAAACUCUUUGUCUUCAAAAAUAAUGACGUCUCUUAGUAUUCGUGUGAGUCCUAUCUGGACCUGGAAAACAUCAAUAUUCUUGACCUUGUUGCCAAAGCAAGAAGUGGCUAAAAGUAAGAUGAAAACAGUGUGUGCAGUGUCAAAAAGUACAAGCAGUUAAUGAACACUUAAUUUUUCAAUGCACAAGUCUCUUAAAUUGCUCGAAUUUGUGGAUCUUUUACCAAAUACUUAAUAAUCGUAUUUAAAACGAUCAAACCUGCCUGCUUAUGAUAAAACCUAAAUGUUUCUAUACACUAAAAAAACUUUAGCAUUGUAUUUGUGCCUUUUUUUUUGCUAAAUGAUUGUUUACAAUGACAACUUUGUCAAUGAUUGUGAAGAAAUAUUCUUUCAGUAAGAAAAAAAUUACCAGUGCCUUUUUGAAUGAUCACAAUGUGAUGUCAGUAUUAAUUCCUGAGUCAGCAUAUAUAAACAUGCUGAGAGUUUGAUUUUGUUUUUCUGAUUAUUUGAAGUCUUUUGUCACACUUCACCAUAUUCUGUAGUUAAUUAUGACAUGUUUAUCUUAGAUAAUAUUCAAAACUGUAGCAUCUGUUUACAUUUUAUUGCAUCAUAGGUGAAUUAUGUGUAAUAGAUUUAUUAUAAUUAAAGAUGUGAAUCACUAAAUGUGAAUCAAAAAGGGAAAUGUGUUUUCAACAUGACAGAACUUUGUAUAUUUUGUGUAUUGAUUGUCAGCAGACCAUGUUUACCUCCGUCCUCACAACUUUAUUCAUUACAAAAUACAACAGCUUCAUUUCAGGCAAAAAAAAAAUCUGUUGUACAAAACAGGGAUUUUGCUUUUAUUGGUACAAAAUCUAUAAGGUACUAGUCCUUAUGCUACAAAGUAGUUGGAAAUUAUUUGAAAAUGUUCAUACAAGUAGGUAGAAAGCAGAAAUCUUCAAGCUCUUUGUUUUUUUACAAACACUAUACAGAUUUUUAUACACCAUCUUUUCAUGGACAUCUGUAAAGCAGUGGAACGGUAGAAAAAUAAAGCUGUGUUGCACAACAAA